GGGAGGGCAGAAAGAAGGAGGUGAUUGUUGAGCAGGAGGGAAACAUAUAAAGCGAAAGAAAGCAAGAGAGGCAACAAGUGGAGGAAAGACGACGAGAAAGGAGCUUACACACGCUUUGGUAAAGACUACAAACUUUGGAGAGCAACAGCAGGAUGACUGCCUUCGGGGACCUCCUUUUUCCCUUUGUGAUCUCGUGCCUGCUUUUCAUCAGGGGUUACUAUCCCCUGCCUGCGGGAUUAGAAGACACAGGGAUGGAAACCAUGAGACCUCUGCAACCUGAUGGUGUUUCUACUAAGGCCCUUGAGUUUCCCUUAGCGAAUGACUAUGACUAUGAAGAUCAUACCACUAGUGCACCCAUCGGAUUGUCUACUCCAAGAGGGACAUUUAGGAAGUGUGACUACAAUCCCUGCCUGGAGAAUCAGAUCCCCUGUACUGAGCAAGCAGCCUCCACCGGCUGCUUGUGUCCAGGGUUCACAUUACACAACACAAUUCCAGAGAAGCCCAUACUAAGAUCAGUGUCUUGGAACGGGUCAGAAGUUAUUGUCAGCUGGUGUGCGCCUAGUUCACAUGUCACUGCUUAUGUAGUGACAGUAGGAGGGCAAGAGAGGCAGAAGUUUGGGGGGGACAAAAGGAGCGGAGCAGCGGGUAAAGUAGACGACCUAGAAGAAGUCUGCGUGGUUGCCAUGAACGAUGCUGGAGAAAGCGGCGGGUCGUGUAGGAUGUACGAGCCGAGGAGCCGCAGCUGGCCUCUGACAGCGGGCCUCAUCGGAGGAGCCCUGGGACUCCUGGUGCUCGUCUUGCUGGCCGUCCUGCUGUGGAGGCACAAGAGGCAGAGAAAACUGGAGGGCAUCAUCUCCACGGACAACACAAUUGAGGCACGGUGAACAGAAAAUCCCGCAAGACUGGACACAGACUGGAGUAAGACUCAGGUCCAACUGGCUUUUUUUUCUUUGUUUCUUUUUUUCAAACAGGAAGAAACAUAAAUAUCUCUAACUGGUAAUGCUCAUUACAUGGUUCCUGGCUCAUUUACAAAAAUUUCUUAGUGUGCUCAAGUUCACGCAUUCACAAACUACUCAUGGCGGCUCUCAGUCCCACUCAUUACGGCUCGUUACAUUUAGAGAAUUAAAGCUGCUCUGUUAUUUAAUAGGAGAGUGUAAAGUAAAGUAAGAAACUGUUUUUUUGUUAUUUAGAAGUUUAACAGAACAAUGUUUAACACAGAUGAAAAAUUGGCUCCAAACAAACAAACUAAAAAAAUGUAUGUAUAAAAAAAAGCUGUAUAUUUUCUCUCCAUGAGAGCUCCUUGUUGUUAUGUUAUGUUAUGUUAUGUUAUGUUAUGUUAUGUUAUGUUAUGUUAUGUUAUGUUAUGUUAUGUUAUGCUAUGCUAUGUUAUGUUAUGAUAUGUUAUGUUAUGUCAUGUUAUGUCAUGUUAUGUCAUGUUAUGUUAUGUUAUGUUAUGUUAUGCUAUGUUAUGUUAUGUUAUGUACAUAUAUAUAUACAUACAUAUAUAUAUAUAUAUAUAUUUUGCUGGAGUGUGAAUAUAUUAAUCGUGGCAUUGGGAUUAAAACUGAAUGAUGUGCUGUAUUUAUAAUCACUCGGUUUGUUGUUUAAGGUUAAAACUCUUAAGUCUCCCUAAGUCACUCUAAGUUUGCUGAAAACACUACUGAGAAAAACUACGGCCUCGGUAGGCUAUGUCACUCUGUAACAUUUUCUGGGCGGUUGUGUUUUUCCAUCUGUCUUUUUGUCGGAAGUCGUGUCAGUGGGUGUUCAGUGCUGUUUUUCCAGCUGUCAUACAAUAGCCUCCUCAGUGGAUAUGGAUUUUGUGAUGCUAUGAGCUGAGACUUCCAGUAGUGCAGCGCUGGGCUGCCGAGAAGCUUCAGGCUUUUUUUCUUCUUCUUCUUCUCUCUUUUUUUUCUGUAUUUUAAUCUUCCCAGUUUAUCUCAUGUUCAAGCCUCCAUAUGCGUGUCUCACGGCUACGUUAUAAUUCCCUUUUGCUCUGGCUGUUGAGUUGUUCCACUGCUCCCAGCGCAUUUUUUCAUUGCACUGCUCACAUCUUACAGUGCUGCAUGGAAGUCCUCCUUGAGACACUUGAAGACUGGGAAAUAUUUAGAUUAGGCGACCAGUACGAGAUGACACACUGUAUGUAGAUAGCAGCCUCUUUUAAACAGACCAAGAUGUAAUGUGCUUUAACAAAAUGUAGAAUAAAACAAAACUCGGUGUGAGUGAUGCUGCAGUCAUUCUAUUUAUGCAAAGGCAGCAGAACAGAAAAACAUGUACUCACAAGAGCAGAGAUACAUCUCAGGUUAUGUCUACUGAGUUGCCUUUUUUUUAUAUUUUGAAUAAACUAUUUUUCACAAACUC